AUGGAAGCUCAGACUAUGCUUUCUGGGUUUUGCCCAAACCCAGCAAUCCCAUCAGUUCAGAAUGCCAAAAAACCUUUCUUCGCAAAGCCUCCUUCUUCUCACUCUUCUUUCGUACAAUCGGACAAUUGGGUCUCCCACAGAGCCGUCCUUUCUAUUUCACAGAGAGCGACGAAGAGAAUGGAGUGCACCAAUAAUGCAGUGGAAGCAGUGGAUGUUGCUUCCAAUGAAGAUUUGACAAGUGGAAUUAGACUAAAAAAGCUCGCCGUUUUCGUAUCUGGUGGAGGAUCGAACUUCCGGUCGAUUCAUGAGGCGUCUCUUCGUGGAUCAAUUCAUGGGGACAUCGUUGUUUUGGUCACAAAUAAACAAGGUUGUGGAGGUGCUCUGUACGCAAGAGAAAAGGGAAUACCAGUUAUUUCGUUUCCCAAAACCAAAGAUGAACCUGAUGGACUUUCUACGGCGUGUCUAGUAGCUACCCUUAGGAGAUUUGAGGUUGACUUUAUCCUUCUUGCCGGAUAUUUGAAACUUAUACCUGUAGAGUUAAUCCGAGCUUAUGCCAAAUCCAUUGUAAAUAUCCAUCCAUCACUUCUUCCAGCAUUUGGAGGCAAAGGUUAUUAUGGUAUGAAGGUACAUAAAGCAGUCAUUGCUUCUGGAGCUAGAUUCUCAGGUCCUACAAUACAUUUUGUUGAUGAGCACUACGACACGGGUCGAAUUCUUGCUCAAAGUGUUGUUCCUGUACUUCCAAAUGACACCGCAGAGAACCUGGCUGCUAGGGUUCUUGGAGAGGAGCAUCGUUUAUAUGUGGAUGUGGUAGCAGCUAUUUGUGAAGAGCGGAUAAUUUGGAGACAAGAUGGUGUUCCUCUCAUCCGGAGCAAAGAAAACCCCAAUGAGUACAGCUAACAGAAAUGGAUACACUUUUUGCUUAUUUAGGAUGUCAUUUGCAUUUUUUUUUUUUCCGAAGAAAUGGGGCUACUAGCAUGACUUUUGGAUCUGUGAAUGGUCAGACUUGCCUAUAUUUAAUUUCCUAGAUUGUGUCACACAUUUAGAAAUUAUAUAUGUUGUAGUUGCUAAAUCAUAUCUUUUUUUAUUCAAUAACAUUAAUUUUAGCAUAGAUUUGCUCUAUGGAUUUAAGAGUAACAGUCCAUGGAAUAGCUUUCACUUAUUGUCCAUGCUUGCAUGCUUCAUCUGUAAUUUCUUCUUUUCUUUUUGUUUCUUAAUUUUAUUAAAAGCAUCAAUCAUGAAACUUUACUGGCAUUUUUAUUA